AUGAGUUAUGUUAGUGAUUUAAGUCAAUCUCAAGAAUAUUUAAGUUUCCGCAGUAAUGUACCUUUAAAACGAAUUAUAGUAGAUGCUGAAAAUUCUAAGGGAUGGCGAAUAUAUGACUGUGGCCCCAAAUCAGUUCGUUGCCCACUAAUAUGUCUACCUCCGGUUUCUGGAACAGCUGAUAUUUUCUUCAAACAAGCGUUGGCUCUCUCAGCUAAAGGAAUUAGAGUUAUAUCAGCGGAAUCUCCUGUUUAUUGGAAUGUAAGGGAAUGGUGUGAAGGAUUUAAAAAGUUAUUAGAUUAUUUGGAUCUUGAUAGAGUUCAUAUAUUUGGUUGUUCCUUAGGUGGAUAUUUAGCUCAAAAAUUUGCCGAACACACAGCACAUCGUCCUCGAGUGGCUUCCUUGAUUUUAUGCAAUACCUUUACAGAUACUUCCAUUUUUAACAAUCAUGAUUCGGCUGCAAUAUUUUGGAUUUUACCGGCUUUAGUACUAAAGAAAAUGAUAAUGGGUAAUUUUGGAUCAUCGAAAGUCGAUCCAGAAAUGGUAGAAGCUAUAGAUUUUAUGGUAGAAAGACUGGAAACUUUACCGCAGACUGAACUAGCAAGUAGAUUAACCCUUAAUUGUCUUCGUGGGUAUGUGGAGAUUCACAAAUUAGUAGACUUACCAAUUACCGUUAUUGACGUAUACGACGAAUCCGCGUUAUCGAACUCAGUGCGAGAAGAGUUGUACAAAUGUUACCCAAGUGCCAAAUUAGCUCACCUUAAGUCUGGGGGAAAUUUUCCAUACCUCAGCCGAUGUGCAGAAGUAAAUAUUCAUUUACAGAUUCACCUUCGGCAGUUUGAUAAUACUACCUACAGUGCUUCUGAUAAACCACUUAUCCAUAAAAACUCAUUUUAA